AUGGGACGCAUCAAUAACAUGUGCUUCGUUGCUGGUGAGGAGUCUGGCAGAGAAGCGUUGCGUACGGUGGUGGUCGUUGGAACGUUUGAUCCUAGUGCUUCCAGUUCCACCUCUAGCCACUCAAGGGAGAUGGUUGAUGUGAUUGACGUGUUUAUUUCUUGUAACUAUGCUUCCAUGAUGAAGUUGGGCACCCUUAAUAUUGACGGCCUUCGCCAGUUGUGUGCAGAUGAUGAUCAUAGAGGAGAAGGUCCUAGCAGCAAUGCCAAGAUCACAAGUUUGAAUGGAGGAGCUGGUAAAUGA